AUGAAACAGCAGCCACAGAGAACGGUGAGAAGACGGCGGUCACCAGUCCACAGGACAGCGAAGUAUCUGGCUGUCAUCGACAUGCAGAAGAUCUCACGACCAACCCAGGACAAAUCCCCCUCAGAGCUCUCUACCCAGUCCUCCAGAACCUCACUCCAGCUCCUGAUGAGCAGCAGCAGCAGUCAACACUUGUUGGAAGACCAAGUCCUCUGUCCCAUUUGCCUGGAGGUGUUCCGCAACCCAGUCACCACCGCCUGCGGCCACAACUUCUGCAUGACUUGCCUUCAGAGUUUCUGGGACCACCAGGCUGACACUGGAGAGACUUACUAUUGCCCCCAGUGCAGAGAGGCCUUUCCGAGCAGGCCCCGCCUCUGCAAGAACGUCAUUCUCGGAGAGAUGGUGGCGUGUUUCACCCUGGCCAAGAGCCAAACCUCAGGGCCCUUGUGGAGCCUGGCCGGCCCCACAGAUGUGCCCUGUGACUUUUGCUCUCCGCAGAAGAUGAAGGCAGCCAAGUCGUGCCUGCAGUGCAUGGCUUCCUUGUGCGAGAAGCAUCUGCACAGCCAUUUUGAGGACCCGUUGUUCCAGGAACACCAGCUGUUGGACCCGGUGUGGGACCUCAAGAACCGCUUGUGCCGUAAGCAUCGCAAGCUCCGGCAGAUGUACUGCCGCACCGAGGGCAGCUGCGUGUGCGGGGCCUGCCUCCUGGAGGAGCACCAGAACCACGACACAACCCCGCUGGAGGAUGAACGGGCCCGCAAGGAGGUAGAAGUUCGGAAGAUUCAGGCCAAUGUGGAGAAUCAAAUGCUAAUCAUUGCCUCGGACAGCCAGAAACACCAGGGACGAGUGAGUUUCCUCUCGAAACUGAUUCAGACGAUGCGAGAAGAGGUGAACACCUGCUUCUCAGAGAUCCUCCAUGAGGUUAAACAGCUGCAGAUGAAGGUCUUGGAUUUUGUGGAGAAUGAGGAGACAGUUGCCCUGGGAAUGCUGGGUAACUCCAUGCAGCAAAGCCACAGCCGGCUCCUGAAGUUGGAGGGGGACAGCGUCUGGCUCCACGGCCUGCUGGCCAACAAGAGCGAUGAGCAGUUUCUACAGGAGUUCCCCACACUGAAGCACUUCCCUGCCUGCGUGGAACCCUUACUAGGCACCAACUGUGAGGAGACACAGAGCUUCCUUCAGCUGCCAGAAACCCUGGCCCAGCUCCGCAUCAGGCUGAUGGACAUAGGUCUUAACUUCAUCAACCAGCUGCUCUUGAAGGGCAUCAGGAUGAACUCCUAUGAGGUGCUGCCGGCAACUGUGGACAGAAAGACGCUACUCCAGAAUUACUGCAACCUGAACUUUGACUCCUCCAUGGCCAGCGAAGAGCUGUUCUUGUUCAAGGAAACGCACUCGGUUUUGAACUUGGGCAUCCUUCUGGAGCCCUCGACCACCAGCCCUUUACCGGGCUUCAAGCAGUGGCCCCAGGUUCUGUGCUGCCCAGGCCUGUCGGAAGGCUGUCACUACUGGGAGACCGAGGUGUCCGACUCGUGGAUGUGCCUGGGAGUCACCUACCGUCGCAACCCUUCAAUGAGCGGUCGCCACCGUCGCAACAUCGUCUACCUGCUGGGCCGCAACCCCUAUUCGUGGUGUCUGGAGUGGGACUCUCUCAAGUUCUCCGUGUGGCAUAACAACACGCAGACGGUGCUGCACGGCUCCUACCACCACACGCUCGGCGUGGCGCUGGACUUCAGGGCCGGCUGCCUGUCCUUCUAUGGCGUGGCGGGCGACGUGAGCCUGCUCUACCGCUUCCUCACCUCCUUCCUCGAACCUCUGUACCCCGCGGUCAUGGUCAGCAGCGGAGCCUCGCUCACACUCAAGCAGUACCCCGAGGCAUAG